AGGGGAUUAGGCAGGCGGGUGCCCCUCCCCCUCCCAGCCAAUGUCACCUCCUGGCGCCCAGUCAAGUCCCCCACCCGGGGCCAGGAUUACCCUCCGAGAUCCAGGCCACCGCAAAUGACAUCACUCCCAGCCGGAGCUUAAAAUCUCCCCAUGUGAGGGGACCUGUUUCCUUCAGGCUUUGCCAUCUGACAACUCCCGCCCAGGUCCCGGGCCACCGGGAGAGCCCCGUCCCUGUUUCUGAAGGCCCGCCGACCUGGGCCGCAGUGUCCCCGAAGAUCAUGAUGGCGUAUAUGAACCCGGGGCCCCACUACUCGGUCAAUGCCUUGGCCCUGAGUGGUCCCAGUGUGGAUCUGAUGCACCAAGCUGUGUCCUACCCAAGCGCCCCCAGAAAGCAGCGGCGGGAGCGGACCACCUUCACCCGGAGCCAGCUGGAGGAGCUGGAGGCCCUGUUUGCCAAGACUCAGUACCCGGAUGUGUAUGCUCGCGAGGAGGUGGCUCUGAAGAUCAACCUGCCCGAGUCCAGGGUUCAGGUUUGGUUCAAGAACCGCAGGGCCAAAUGCCGCCAGCAGCGUCAGCAGCAGAAGCAGCAGCCGCAGCCCCCUGGGGCACAAACCAAGGCCCGUCCGGCCAAGCGGAAGGCAGGCAUGUCGCCAAGAUCCUCCUCGGACGUCUGUCCAGAUCCCCUGGGCAUCUCAGACUCCUACAGCCCCCCUCUACCCGGCCCCUCGGUCUCCCCCACCUCGGCCGUGGCCACGGUGUCCAUCUGGAGUCCCGCCUCGGAGUCCCCUCUGCCCGAGGCCCAGCGGGCGGGGCUGGUGGCGGCAGGGCCCCCUCUGACCUCCGCGCCCUACGCCAUGACCUACACCCCCGCCUCUGCUUUCUGCUCUUCCCCCUCGGCCUACGGGUCUCCGAGCUCCUAUUUCAGUGGCCUGGAUCCUUAUCUUUCCCCCAUGGUGCCCCAGCUGGGGGGCCCGGCCCUCAGCCCCCUCUCCGGCCCCUCCGUGGGCCCCUCCCUGGCCCAGUCCCCCACCUCCCUGUCAGGCCAGAGCUACGGUCCCUACAGCCCCGUGGACAGCUUGGAAUUCAGGGACCCCACAGGCACCUGGAAAUUCACCUACAACCCCACGGACCCGUUGGACUACAAGGAUCAGAGUGCCUGGAAGUUUCAGAUCUUGUAGAGGCCAGCUCUGUCUCCGCGCCUCGUCUGAACCGGCCCCGGGAGGGCGUCCCUGGGGAAGCAGGGCGGAGCUCGGGGCCUCUCUGGCUUCGUGCGUGCGCAGGGCUCACUCACCACGGCCCACCCCCUCCUCCCGGGAGGGUCUCCUCGCUCUCCGGGGGCAGGGGUGGGGGCGAGGGGCACACUUCAGUAGGUCUUAGUAACCCUCAACCCAGCCCCGGCUCGCGUGGAUUCUUAGCUGCCUUUUGAAACCGCGAGCCCCAGACUCCAGAAAUUGUCUUGGUGAGAAUUUCGCCCCGAGACGAAAUUCAAAGGCACUCGGCAAGGGGG